AAAAACAAAACUCUGACUUGAUUGAUAUUUUAAACUUGAAAUAAUCAGGGAAAAAUAGUCUUCGAAUCUCUGUAACUUAAUCACUACUAAUCAAUUGCCGAUUCAGCCAUGGGAAUCGUCGGAACUAUGACCUCUGAUCAGCUUCAAUUCUUCAAUUCUCAAGGGUAUCUGGUUAUUGAAUCUUUCUCAAGUUCUGAAGAGGUUGAGGCGUUAAGAAAGAGGAUGGACCAAUUGCUUGAUGGCUUCGAUUGCUCUUCCUCUGCCUCAAUUUUCUCCACGAAGAACCAGCAAAGGACAAGUGAUGACUACUUCUAUGAGAGUGCGGACAAGAUAUCGUUUUUCUUUGAAGAAAAAGCAUUUGAUGAUGAUGGAAAAUUAAAGCAACCGAAGCAGCUCUCGAUAAACAAAGUUGGCCAUGAGUAUAAUUUGAUGCUCCUUUUUGUAGCUCUGCAUGAUCACGAUCCUAUUUUCAAAAACGUCUCUUGCUCGGAUAAAAUGUCAGGGUUAUUAUUGUCAUUGGGAUACAAGAGGCCUGUCAUCAUUCAGUCAAUGUACAUAUUCAAGCAACCAGGGAUAGGGGGCGAAGUGGUUCCUCACCAGGACAACUCAUUUCUAUAUACUGAUCCUCCAAGCUGCACAGGGCUAUGGCUGGCCCUAGAAGAUGCCACCAUCGUUAAUGGUUGCUUAUGGGCUAUUCCUGGAUCCCACAAAGAUGGGCUGGUGAGACGAUUUAUUAGAGAUGAUAAAGGGGUUCAUUUUGACAACCCCUCUCCAUCUUAUGACCAAAAAGAUUUUGUUUCCAUUGAAGUAAAAGCUGGAUCUUUGGUACUUAUCCAUGGUGAUCUUAUUCAUCAAAGCUUCGAAAAUCAAUCUUCAAAAUCAAGACAUGCUUACAGCUUGCAUGUAAUCGAUACCCAAGGUUGCAAAUGGGCUGCAAACAACUGGAUUAGAAGGAACGUGGAUCCUGAGCCCCUCUAUGGAGAUCUUAAUUAGUUCAGAUGUAGAUCCCAGAGGAUGGAAGCUCAAGGUCCAUGCUUUAUGUACUGAACUCACUUUUCAGAAAAGCCUGUUUCAUCAUCAACCAAACUUCAAUUCAAUCUCUUUGAUUAUAUGUUAUCUCAAUCUAGAGCUUUGUUUGUUUGGUUUAAAUGUAGUUUGAUAUGAUUCUGAAUAUGUUAUUCAGCAUGAAAUGAAAUGAAUAAAAUAUGAUAAUACAUUCGGGUUUU